AUGGCUCGUGACAAGUCCGGCGCUUCGAACGCGACCAGCCUCGCGCUGCGCAUCGCCACGGUGGCGCUUUCGGUGGCGUCAACGGUCAUGAUGGCCUCGGCCUCGGCCUCGACCACCGGGAGCCCCGCUCCGACUCCGGCGAGCAACGUCUCCUACAGCGACUACAGCUCCUUGAGGUAUUCAUUGGCCGCCAACGUGGUAUCCGCAGCUCUGCAGGCGCUGGCGGUGUACCUGACGACGACGAAGGUGCGCGGCAACAUCGGGGAGCAUGAGGCGAAGGCGGCCAAGUCGCUGGCCCAGCUCGUCGACACCGCCGCGCAGGUGCUCCUCUACUCGUCGUCGGCCAUGUCGUUUGCCGUGGACGACUUCGGCUCCUGCGGCCAGAGGCUCAACGGCGUCUGCAAGUUGGCGGGGGAGUUCUGCCGUCAGGUCCAUGUCUCCGGAGCUAUCUCGAUCGCGGCCGCCGUCGCCCUGUCCGUGUCGCUGUACAUCGAGGAUGUUGUGCCCAUCUCGGUUUCAUUGGACGGAGAUGGAUGUAAGUCAGGAGCUGGUUGUGAGCGUGGCUGCCAUUGCGACCAUUAG